AUGGAGCGUAAGAACAAGGAACUCAACAAGAACUGUGCCCAACUCUCAUCAGAAUGCGCCAAAAUAAGAGACAGGUCGAGAAAGUUAAUGAAAACCGUGAGCGCACUCAUCGCAAUCAUACUCAAGCAGCUCGACGACAAAAUUGUCAUUCUCUGUGACCAACUCGUUCGCGAACGUUCUCGCCGGCAUGACUUCUACCAACGUCCGACUUUCGCAUCGAAUCCAUUGACUGCACCACUUGGAACAUCUAUUCCAAGCCACACGUUAUCGAAUUCAAAGGUCCAGUUGAUAUUUAAUCAACCAUCUGAUUUGUCUAUCGUGGAAGUUUCAUCAAACGUGCCACUACGUCCAUUCGUUCUCAAAAAGGAUUUCGCUAUAUAA